AUGGCCACCGACCCACGCCGCCGACCUCCUUCCUCCGCACCACCUCCUCCCGCCCCUCCCACCCCACCAACAGCAACGGCGGACAGCACCUCGCAACCCAUCGACGGCCAAACCUCCUCCUCCCCGCCCAAACCCACCUCCACCCCACAACCCGCACCCGGCCACACCCCCUCCCCCUUCAAACUCCGCUUCUGCACCGUCUGUGCCUCCAACAACAACCGCAGCAUGGAAGCCCACCUGCGCCUGACCACCACCCCCUCCGUCCCCGGCGGCUACCCCACCAUCUCCUUCGGCACCGGCUCGCUCGUCCGCUUGCCCGGACCGUCGAUAAACCAACCAAACGUCUACAGCUUCGGCACUUCUUCAUAUGCAAACAUGUACGACGAGCUGCGCGGGAAGGACGAACGUCUCUACCGCGCCAACGGGAUCUUACCCAUGCUCGAGCGCAACAAAGGCGUCAAAUGGGGCCCGGAACGGUGGCAAGAAUGGCGCGUCGGGGUCCCUCGGACGGGGAAACGGAGCGGGGAGGAGGUGGAAUACAGCGCGGACAAAGGCUACACCGGGACAGAAGCGGGUGUGGUGGAUGUAGUCAUCACGUGCGAGGAGAGGUGCUGGGACGCUGUAGGGGCGCCGUUGAACCGCCCGGUGCAUGUGAUUAAUGUGGAUAUUAAGGAUAAUCAUGAGGAGGCGUUGAUUGGGGGACGGGCGAUACUGGAGUUGGCGGAUGCAUUGAAUGAGGCGGCGAGGGAGGCGAGGGGGGAUGGUGGGGGUGGGGGGUUUGAUCGCGGGGAUGCGGGGGCAAGGAUGGGGUUUGAUGAGAGGGUGCCCGAGGUGCUGGCGGAGUGGCAGGAGAGGUGGCCGCAGUUGCCGGCGCUGUGGAGUUUGGCGUGGUUUUGA